UCAAGAGGACUUGAUCUGCACAACUUUGUCACUGGGACAGACGACACCAGGGACUUUAACGCAGGGAAAAGUUCUGGAGGAUUUUUAUGAUGACUUUUGCAAAGGCCUUAUUAUAAUUUUACUGAAAGAUAUUUACUGGUACAUAGAUAUUUUACGCGGAUACUACAGACAAAAUACGUCUAGAGGUUACUGAAGAGUAUUUGGCUAUGACUUCAAUGAUGUCUGAAGGGAUUCAGUGUAAAAUUACAUCUAAGCUCACGGGCUCCAUCCCGGGCCACGAGCAAAGAUGCGCACUUAACAUGACGUUUAAUACGAAAUCUGAAAAAUCCAUCACAGCUUUACAGCACAGAAAGUCCUCAAAACCAAUAAUGGAAAAAAGGAGACGCGCACGGAUAAAUAACAGCCUUAGUCAACUGAAGACGCUUAUUUUGGAGGCACUAAAUAAAGAUACAUCUCGGCACUCCAAAUUGGAAAAAGCGGAUAUUCUUGAAAUGACAGUGGCGCACUUAAAAAAUCUGCAAAGAGCACAAAUAACUCGGAACACCCUACCCAUGCUUGGCAAGUACAGAGCUGGAUUUUACGAAUGCUUGAACGAAGUCAUUCGGUUUAUGUCCACUCAUGAGGGUGUGGACACUAAAGUGAAGACCAGGCUCCUCUCACAUCUGGCCAGCUGCGUUUCACACAUGGACUUUAUUUCGUUUCAGCCACAGCAUCACUUGGGCGCAUGCGCUCUCAAACCUGAGAUGCAGCAAUUGAACGGUCCACUUUUUAUUUUGCAAGCAGAUGUUUCAAAAUUACACAACAGUCUCCAGUUUGUGCCGUCAAGUGAUGGAAAUUUCGGUAUUUUGAUACCCAGUUCAUCCAGUAUUGGCCUGAUCGAGCGACGUAACGACGCGCCUCAGUCUGGCGUGUCCCCAAGCGUGCAGGUAAAUGCCUUAGACUCCCUGUGGAGACCUUGGUAGGUCCUCCAAGACACUUUGUACAGUAAUGUAAAUAAAUAAAUUACCAAAAGACGCAUUUUCCUUUAUUUUUACCAGCAAACUACCAGUACAUGCAUAUAAA